CGGCGUUGCGCAGGCUGCCCUGCGACCGACAACGAGCAAGCUGGCGUUUCAACCGGCGGCUGCGGCGGGACCGGGGCCUUUCGGCAGCUGCCAGGCGUCCGCUGGCGGCGCGGCCAUGGCCGCCGCGUACCACCACCUCAAAGGACCGGCGGCGGCAGCGUACUCCAUGAACGGCAUCGGACUGCACACCUCGACGGGCGUCGAUCUGCUGCACCCUGGCUACCCCGCGCACGGGCCGAUACGGCUGGACAAGUACCGUGAGGAUUGGGAGUCGCCGAUGAUCGAGGAAGUCUGGUACGGCUCGCCGGGCUGCCCCAGAGGACAUGAUGCACAUGACGUCUACGAUUGGUCGUGGUAUGGUACGUCGGAUGAUCCUUUUAACCAAAAACGUGACAACACUUGGCUGGCGAGUGGACCAGCUCCCCGCAAGCAGCGACGAGAGCGGACCACCUUCACUCGGGCCCAGUUGGACGUGCUGGAGGCGCUGUUCAGCAAGACGCGCUACCCGGACAUUUUCAUGCGCGAAGAGGUGGCGCUCAAGAUCAACCUUCCGGAGUCCAGGGUGCAGGUCUGGUUCAAGAACCGGCGCGCCAAGUGCCGCCAGCAGCAGCAACAGCAGCAGAACGGUUCGGCCUCCUCCAAGCCUCGCCCCAAGAAGGCCAAGAGUCCCGCGCCAUCGUCAAGCCCGACUUCUUCGAGUCGCGGAGAGUCCCCGUACAAGCCCUCGGCGCUGGUCGCCGCCUCCCCGCUGGCCAGCGCCGCGGCGUCGCCGCUCCACCAACAGGCCAGCUCCAUCUGGAGUCCCGCGGCCAUCGGGCCGGCCGUGGCCGAACUCAUGGCUGGGGCCGCGGCUCACCAGCGGUCUCCCUACCACACGGGCUCUUCGUCCGCCUCCUCUCACGUCGUCCAGGGACCCGCCGUGUCGGCGAGCCAGGCCGCCCUCUCGGCCGGGGGGCCUCAGCACGGCCCGCCUCACUCGCUCCAGUCGGGAGGUUGCUACGCCCCCGCGGGACAUUACGGGUCGCCCUACUACGGCGGCAUGGACUACCUGAGCGGGCCUAUGCACCAGACGCCGCCCCCGCCCCACCCGUCGUCGCUUCAAGGCCCGCACCCGACGUCCCACCAUCAAGACCGACCCGGGACGCUGAGUACGCGGACGCCGCCUGCCGGCGACUGCCUGGAGUACGGCGCGUCGUCGGCGGGUGACAAAGGAAGCGGCGGUGCUCCCUGGAAGUUCCAAGUUCUCUGAGGGCCAACACAAAAAAGGAGACAAAAAGAGGAGGAAACCCGCGGUGUGCAUCGUGCAUGUGUUGUGGGUGCGUGCGCGCGCGUGUUCAAAUCACGCUCGCCUGCAGAAUGUGCGCGCCCUCUUGUGAUACGCCCGGGACAAUCGCAUCGCUUCGUCACAUCUCCUGUGUGUGUGUGUGUGCGUGUGUGUGUGAGUGUGUGUGUGUACAUAAUGAACAUUUUGUAGAGGGCGCUACCGUCGACAGUGACGUCGAAGCUCCCGCAUGCGAUGGGCGCUUCUCAUGUGGACCUCGCGUCGCGCACAUGUUUGCCACGAACCGAAGAAGCAAGAGGAGAAAUAAGAGAAAGAGGGGAGACGUGCUCCCAAACCAUUUCUCGUCUCUCCUCUCCAUCUUUUAUCUCCAUCAGCCACCACUAAAUACGUCAGCAACCGCCAACUAGCAGCGGCAAACCAGCUGCGGCAACAACUGCAGCAACAGCACGAGCAGCAGUGACAUCAGCAUCAGCAAGGCACCGCGACGGGGCCUGUUCUCUGGAGGCAGCCGUGUGUUAUGCGCAAGGCAAGCGCGCGAAGCUUCGUCUUGUCUCGCUACCGAGGACGCUCGACUUUCAGCUAAGCUCUUAUUUAAGCUGUAAAUAAAAUCGAAAGAAAAACACAAA